AUGUCUAGAGAAAAAAUGAGAAUAAAAAUACGCAAGUACGCCGACUCUCAAUUCAAGAUAUUAGUUUUCAAUCAGGAAGAGGAGACUCUUGCUUCCCUGAUGGAAAAAAUUCAAACUAAGCUUUACCUACCAACUUCUUAUCAAACUCUAAUACUUGAGGGUGGCGGGAAAAUUGAAGAUGUUAAUGAAAUAGUAUUUGAUGACAAAGUUGAAAUAAUUGAUGACACACCCUCACAAUAGCCAGCACUAAACAAUCAUUAAAAUUCCUGA